AUGUUUAAUCAGACCAUCUUGUGUACUAUAGAACCUACAAAUGUGAAGGCAAUCCUGGCAACAAAAUUUGAGGAUUUCAGCCUAGGCUGCAGACACGAGCAGUUUUCUCCCUUUCUCGGAAGCGGAAUCUUUACAUUGGACGGUGAGCCCUGGGCGCAUGCAAGAGCCUUGUUAAGGCCUCAGUUCACAAGAGAACAGGUAUUUCAGAGGAAGACAUUGCUCCAGCAUCAAGCUAAGUUCGAUUUCCAGGUCGCAGACAUUGACAUCCUUGCCCACCAUGUCACCCGGGUCAUCGAAUCGGUACCAAAGAGCCGCUCCAGCUUCGACAUCCAGCCACUCUGCUUCUCCUUUGCGCUCAACUCUGCGACACACUUUCUCUUCGGCGAAUCCGUUGAUUCUCUAGACCCACGUCUUUUGCAGGCCUCGACAGCAACGAGCAUCCGGGCAUUUGAAGAGGCAUUUGAUCUCGCCCAGGAUUACCUUUUCGCACGAUCUAAGGCUCUAGGCUUCUACUGGUUGAUAAAUCCAAAGGCGUUCAGAGAUGCAACCAGAAAAGUUCAUAGAGUCGUAGACUACUAUGUGCGACGUGCAAUAGAUACGAGGAAGAAUGCUGGUCAGAGAGAGAAAUCAAAAGGGCGGUAUAUAUUACUUGAGGCAUUGGCGGCUGACACACAAGACCCAAAGAUCCUCCGGGACAAUCUGCUAAAUGUUCUGCUAGCCGGAAGAGAUACUACGUCUAGCCUACUGAGCUCCACAUUCUACUAUCUGGCUAGACAUCCUAGGGUCUGGUACAAACUCAGAGAUCAAAUAAUCGCACGUUUUGGGACUAAUUCAAGGCCACUGGCUGACCUCACGCAAACGUCACUCAAAGCAAUCCCAUAUCUGCGCUAUGUACUGAACGAGGCCCUCCGUCUCCUACCCCCUGUUCCUAUUAAUUCCCGGAUUGCCACAAAGAACACCUGCCUUCCAGUAGGUGGUGGACCAGAUGGAAAAUCUCCAGUAUACGUGGGUAAGGGAGCAAUGGUUUUCUACAGCGUAUAUUCUAUGCACCGGAGGCCAGAUAUCUGGGGCCAGGAUGCACACUCAUUCCGACCGGAGCGAUGGGAGAAUGCAAAACACCAGUGGGAGUAUCUUCCUUUCAACGGUGGACCGCGUAUUUGCCUCGGUCAGCAAUACGCAUUGACUGUGGCGAGCUACACACUAGUUAGGUUCAUGCAGCAUUUCGACGUCUUAGAAAAUGCGGACCCUGAUUCAACUGAUGACCCUGUCUUACGUGCAAACCUCACACUGUCACACGAUCAGGGUGUGAUGGUGAGGCUGUACUCUUCCUCUAGCGCUUGA